CUAAGACCGUGGAUGUUUCUUUGAUAAAUUAGCAUAAGUACGUUUUUAUGAAAAAAAUUGUUCAAACAUUCAUUAUAUUAACAUUAAAAAGUUAUGUUCUUGGAGAUUACAUUUUGACCAAGGACAUUGGACAGCAGAAAUAUCAUAGAAAGUCCCUGGAUUUUGGUAAUGAUUUUUACAGAUGUUUAUUACUUCUAAACAAGAGACUGUCGGUGGCCGAGUGGGGACCAUAACAUUAAGCACAGAAGCCACAGUUAAUUGAGUAACUCCCUGAUGUCCAUUAUGGAGGUCUCAUUUUGCAUCCAUAUUCGAAGAUGCAACAUGUGCUUUCCGGCAGUUUUACUCAAGCAUUUAUACUAUAGAUAAUAAUUGAAAAUAAAUAGUACGCUUUCCUGGGAGUAAGUAAUCCCGUAUUUUUGUUGAACAUCUACUUCUAUAUUGUACCUUUUUUUUAUAUAUAUAUUAUAAUAUUUUACAAUAGACUACAUUUGUGUUUGCUAGUAUUUUAUUCAACAUUCAUUACGUCGAAAAAUGGAACACAACAAACACGCACAAACCAACGGGCGUUUGCCAAGUAUGUAAAACAAUUAUUUAUUUACAAAUUAUUGACGCAAUAUUCAUAUUUUAUUGCCUAAAGCUACUGGUUAUUGAACAUAAAUUUGUAUCUACAAUAGUUUUCAAUUGUAUGAUAAUUUGUUUUAUAUAUUAAUGUUAAUAACUACAUACCUAGAAAAUUAAACAAUUUGAUGUUUUAUUAUUCAUUUUUAGUUUGUAAAAUGUUUCAUUUUUAAUUUAAAUUAUUAUCAAGGUACUAAGAAUUUAAAUAAUGUUAUAAUAUAAAUUUAAAAGUAAUAGAAACCCACUUAGACUUGGGAUUCCUCAAGAUAAGUUAUAUCUAUUCAAAUUUUGAGUAAAGUCAUUGAGCAUUUAUGCCCUAUUCACUUAUAUGAGUAUGCCAUGGUUGUAAAUUUUUAAGUUUUAUUUACUUACACAGUAAUUAGUACUUAUUUUAUUUUAUUACAGAGAAGAUAGAUGUAUUGCAUAGAAUCAAAUUUAAAAUUAUUUUAUUUCCUAAUAAAUUACUACUAGGUGCUCACUUAUAAAAAGUAUAUUAGGUACAUAGGUUUGUAUAGAUUUCAUCUACAGAUUGUGCAAUUAAGAAAAAAUAGGACUUCAAAAUAUAAUAAUAUAUAAUUUUACCACCUUAUAAAAAUAAAAAUCUUCUCAAAUUAUAUCACAGUAAAUCAUACAAUUUAUUAUAUUAUGAACUAAAUCAAAAUCUAAGUUUCCUACACUGCUACACUAAAUUGUAGACUAUGCAGCUGCAUAAUCUAUUCUCGCAACUAUGCUUAGGUUCAUAUUAUUAGUAAUUUUCAUUUGUUAAUACUUAGGUUAUUUAUAAAGUUUUGGUAAAGAAAUGAUAGAUUAAUAUUAUUUGUUCAAUAUACUAUAUUAUUUUAAAUUGAUUAAUUAUUUAAAAUUUAAAUUUAACAAUGAUUUAUAUUUUGUAGGGGUUUGUACCUUAACCCACUCCCCUGUGUUUGCCACAUUGUGGGUGUUUAAAGACUAAACAUAAUAUAGUUCAUACAAUUUUAAUAAAAUUGAAGUACCUAUAACACUUUUUUUUGUAAACUACUAUAAUUUAUAGUAAUAUUAUUUUAUAUUCAUUCUUUAAUCCUUUGUUAUUAUUAUUAUUUUAAAUUAAAAAUAUGCUAUUUAUAUGCAGUAAUAGAGAUAUCUUUACAUAUCAUUUAUUUUAUAACUAGGUACUUGAGAAAAUUAUUGUAACACUUAUGAUAUCAUUAUUUCGAGGCAAUUUUCUUUUUGCCGGACAAAAAAUUAUAGUUUCAUUAUAAUCUUUAACAAGAAUUACCAUGUAAUAUUUAAAUAGGUGAGUCAUUUUUAAGGUAAUUUGCUGAUUUUAUUAAAUUAAAUAAUGAUUCAUUUCAAUAAAUUAAUGGAUAAUUUUAAUAUAUAAUCCAUUAUUAUUUAUAAUUUAGCAGUAAUAUGCUGUAUCAGUUUUGAAAAUAAACCCAGUAGGCAUUGAAAGGGUACUGCGUAGCAGAAACCUUGUUUUAGAAGUGGGUGUCAUUAGUUAUGUUUUGGGCAACAAGUGUAUUAUCGCAUAAAAUGUGCACUAUGCUUCUUUCAUGGAACAAAAUUGAGGUAUUUUAAUUGAAGGGGUGGGGUUGGUGGCUUUAAAAAAUCUUGCUCCUUAACUAAAAGUUAAGAAACACUGCUAUAUCAAUUAUAACACUUUUCAAGAAACAAACAUACUUAAAAACACUACUUAAAAGUAGUAUAUCUAUAUAUAUUCUUAUGCAUUAAAAUGAAAAAAACAAAGUCUGACUUAGAGCAACCUGAUUAAUGUGAUAUACCUACUUAAUGAAGUUUAUGUAUGCCAUUUAUGACACAUAUUAGGAUUACCUAAUUAAUAAUUUUAUACAAGUGAACUUUAUUAUGUUACUAAAAACAAAUAUAAUUAAAUUGUAUUUUAAAUUAUAUUUAAGUAUGUACAUCAAAAAUCAUUUAAAUCUUCACUUUUGUUAUUAUUUUUUUAAAAUAUUAAAUAUGUUAUAAUUACAUAAUUACUUAAUUACAAAUAUUUUUGCUGUUCUAACAAAGAAAAAUUGAUCAUUUAAAUUUCAUAUCAAUUGUUAAACCGUUAUGUUACAUACAUAUAAUGUUGUAUUUAAUUUUAUUGAAAAAAUUAUGAAUUAAAAUAAAAACAAAUAUAGUUAAACUGUAUUUUAAAUUAUAUUUAAGUAGGUACAUCAAGAAUCAUUUAAAUCUUCAUUUUUGCUAUUAUUAUUUGAAAUACUAAGUAUGUUAUGAUUACAUAAUUGCUUAAUUACAAAUGUUUUGCUGUUCUGAGAAAGAAAAAAAUCAUUUAAAUUUCAUAUCAAUUGUUAAAUUGUAGUGUCCACAUAGAUAUAAUUUUGUAUUUAAAUUGACUUUAAUUAUUUAUAAUUUGUUACUCCUUCCUCACUAUAAAAAAAAAUAAUAUAAUUGUAUUGAUAUAUAAAAUUGAGUUCAAAUGAUUACAAUUUAUGGCAACAGAAAUGAGUGUUGGGUCUCGUUUCUUGAACUCAACUAUGGUAAUAAUGUAUUUGAGGAGAUUCCAUAAUUUAAACUAUGUAAUAGUUCUAUCUAAUAUGUACCAGCUUAUGAUUUUUAUUUUUAAACUAUUAUACAAUUGUGAUUUCUAAAAAUAAAAACAAAAUCUUUACCUGCUUCAUUCAUUUUAUAUCUAUAAAUUGUCAAUUACAUUUAUUUCAUGUUAAAUUUUAGUGCAAUUAGUUAAACACAGAUUUAAAAAAAUAAUUUAGCAUCAUUUUGUAAUAUAUUCUUUGUUCAAUCAGAAACUAAUAUAAUGCACUAAUUGUUAUUUUAAUAAUAUCAGUAAAUUAGCAUUUUAGCCUCCAUUUAGGUUUGUUAAACUUGUUAUGUAAUGCAUUUUAGCCUCAUUUAAAGUCAUUAUAUUUUCCCAGAAUACCUACUAUAUAAUUUAAUUGAAUAAGUAAUGUAUUUUAACUAUUGUUUAAUUAUUACUUUUUCAUAUUCAAUAGAAAUUCACAACUUUAAAACAACCUUAAAAUUUAACUGCAUUUAAUAUAUUUGAAAUUUUAAGAAAAUCACUUCUCCUAAUCACUACUUGUGUUGAAAAAAGAAAAGAAAAAAAUCAAGGACCAUGAAUUUCCUACUAAAAUUAAAUACUCAAAUAAUAAUUAUGUAGUGUUUUUAUUGUAUACACUGUAUUCAAUAAGUGUCCAUAUUAUAGUUUUCUUUCAGUAUAGGACAAAAUUCUACAGGAAAUUUAAACAAUUUCUAAAAUUCAAUUAAAAUAUUUAAAAGACAAUAUAAUAAUAUGCAGUAUUUUGUUAUAUCUUUUUUAAGAAAGACUGAACAUUUGAAGUUCUAAUCUAUGUCCCAGUUAACAUCAUAUUUGAUUUUUUUUUUUCAUUAAAAUGUAAUUUUUAAAAAGUUUAAAUUUCCAAUUGCGUACAAUUCAUAAGUCAUUUCUUUUAGUUGUUCUUAACUUGAAUAUAGUCCAGUGUACUAUUUAUUUUUAUACUAAUGAAUUUAAACUAUAUCUAAAUAUUUCAAACAGAAAAUGGAAUAAGUUUCUUUUAAGAUACUGAACGGAGGAAUGUAUUGAUUUUACCAUUAUGUUUAUUUUAUUUUUUUCUGUGAAUAACUUCUGCAAGAAAUUUUACUCAGAUUUUCAAGUGAAGCACUUUUUGAAAGGAAAUUUGACUUUGGUGGUACUUUAAGAAAGUUAUUUUUUGAUUUUUUCCAGAGGUUUUUAUAAUAAAUGGGAAAAUUUAUUAUUUUUAAAUAUUAAAUAUUAAAGUCUUUCAAAACAUGUAUAACUGAACUCCGCUCAGAAUCGUUUUUCGUUGGCAAUUAUUACUUACAUAUAUAAUUAAAUAACAUGUUUUCCACCAUCCUAACUUUUCAUCUACAGCAGUGGCCUACCCGUCGUGUAAAGUAUGUUAGUUUUAUUUUUUAUUUUUAGAUUAGUUAAACUUAUAAGGAUUCUAAAUGACUCAUAUAUGUACCUUGUAAAUGUUUGUCAUUCCUUGGACUAAUAUCAUUGACUCUAACUAAUACCAUUGACAAUUGGGGGAAAUGAAAUGCUAAAUUUAUUCAAAUUUUUUUUUUUUUUUUUUUUUUUAAUAGGAUUCGUACACAAUAUAUAUAUAUAAAUACUUGUUAGAUACAAUAUGCCAAACUUUGGUUUUUUUUUUAUGCAAUGGUUUGAUCAAUAUCUCUCAGACCAAUUAAUAUAAAAUAGUUGUUUUUUUUUUAAUGAUUAUAGUAUAUUAUAUAUAUUUACUCAUUAAAUUAUUUUAGUUGUAUAUUAAAAAUUAUCAAAUAACUGAUAUAACUUGACUAGUUCAUUCACCUUUAAUGUUCGAAUGAUCUAUUGAGUAAGUUAAAUACAAAUUAAGGGAUUACAUUUUUUUAAUUGACUAACAAUGUUAUAAAUGAAUUUCAAUGCCAUUUUUAAUUUUUAUUGUUAUCAUACCUUUAUCAGUUAUUUAUUUAUUCCCAUUUUAUAUUAGAUGUAUGAAAAGUAUUGAAUCAAACCAUUACUUUCAAUGAUAAUGUCAGUGUAGUUUGUAGAAUGGUAAAUAAUCAAUAGGUAUACCCUGUUAUUCUAUGCUUCUUCUGUUAAAUUAUAUGUGGGUUUACAAAUUAAAGAUAAAUUGGUCCAUGAUAGUCAUUCAAUUUGUUUUAUAUAUAUAUUUGUUAAUUAAAUAUUAAUAUUAAGUGAGCUUUCAUGAAUUAGGUAUUUUUUUACUUAAGUAAAUGAAAAAUCAAUAACACAAAAAUGAUUAAACUCAUUUUGGUACACGUGUUUGAUAUUUGUUGUAUAUUUAUAUGCCAAAUAUUACUAAACAUUACUAAGUAUAUAAAUAAUUAUAAUGUAUUUUAGAUUAUUAUAAUAAAGAUUUUAUAAAUAUUUCAUUAUAUUAUAUUACAUUGUCAUUUUAAAUUUAAAACGAUUGGCAAAUAUUGUAUUAGUCUAUUUAAUAUUAUGUUUGAUAACAUUAUUUAAAAAUACUACUAUUAUAUAUAAUAAUAUAAAUAAUAUAUAUAAAAUAUUAAACUACUUUUAUAUACUGAAAAUAUAAAUACAUGUUUUAAUUUAAACUAAUCAUGAUAUUUAGGUAGGUACAAGGUUAAAAUCAAAUAAUCAGAUAAAAUAUUAAGUAAAUCCAAUAGAAUAUAUAUUACACCAGGGUUUAAACAUAGAGGGACUAGUCAAUUUGUGCACCUUAUUUAAAGUUUAAAUCAAGGUUGUUCCCUAUCCCCCACCACUUGUUUUCUUGUUGUAGUGCUUCUGUUAAAUCAAUUUACCAACCCCUUUUUGUAAGUAAUGUCAAUAAAACGAGAGUUAAACAGUACAAAUAAAUAGUAAUCGUGUCGCUAUGGUAAAUUAUUUAUUAUUUUCAAUAAAGAAAAAAACAAGCUUAUGUUUUAAUAGUAAUUAAAAAAAAAAAUUGUUUAGAUUCAUAUUUAGGAUUACCAUAUAUUGUAAUUAUAACUAUAUUUUUUUGUUUUAGAUUUGUAGUAUCUUAAAAGUUUUCAAGGGUUCUUGAAAUUUUUUUUAACUGUCCUUAUCCAUUGUUUAUAAUUAUUAAUUUAUUUUUAUUGUUUUGUGUUUGUAUAUGCAUAUAUCAUAAACACUUAUUGUACAAUUUUCUAUUAAAAAAAAAAAAUAAUAAAAAAAGAUUUUGUAACAAAAAUAUUUCUAUAAUUAUUUAUUUAAAAUAUAUACAUAUACAACACAUACAUGCACAAAAAAGUAAGUAUUUAUAAAGUGUAGGUAGUGGAAUAUAUUAUUAUUUAAAAUAUUAUGUUCAUUGUUAAUAAUGGUAUGUUUUGUUAUUCAGAUGGGCAUGAUAACAUUGAAAAGGUAGUAUCAGGCAAAAAUAUGAGUCCUGAUUUAAAUGGCUGUGAUAUUAGUGAAAUGUUUGUCAUGGAAGAUGAUGACCACCAGACUGUAUUACUAAAUUCACUUAAUAUGAUGCGUAAAAGUCGGACAUUUUGUGAUGUUAUUUUAAAUGUAAGUUGAAACAUUGAUUAUCUAUAGCUAUUUAACUAUUAUUAUGAAUUAAAUUACAUUUUAAGUUAAUUAUACUUUAAAAUACAAGUUGAACAUUUGCUAUGCAGUUGAUAACAUAAUUAUACCUUUAAAAAAAAAAAAAAUAAUAAAAAAAAUAAAAAAAAACAACUUACUACUUAUAAAUGGUUAACUAUAGUAUGGGAAUUUUAAUCAUUAUUCGUUUUUAUUAUAUAAACUUUUUUGUAAUUUGUGGGUUGGACGGGAAGUGUUGACUAUUUUGAAACGUAGACCGACCACCAUGAGUGUGUGUAGGUGGGCAAUUGCGAGUUGCACGGUCAUCGUGCUGUGUUGGCCAGCUCGAGUCUAUUUCUGAUGGAGAUGUUUAGCACCGACGAUGAAGAGAAAAAAGGUUCUCAUCGGGAAGCAAUAACAACAUACACACUGAAUGCUACUGGUCCACUCAGUGACUGUUCUGCUGUUGAGAAGCUCAUCGAAUACACCUACACAUCUCGGUAACGCAUUGUCGCUACCACUUAUUUAUUUAACUCUAACAAUCUUACUUUCUCGAUCCCUAAAUAUAAACAUAAAAAAUAUAAGAACAGUGAAAUAGUAUAUGCUUAAAACAUAUUUAAGUUUUAUUUAUAUUAUAUAACUUAUAAGUAAUAUGUCAAUUAAAUAGUUGCAUUUGAUAUUGAUAUUUUUACUUACCAAUUCCCAUGGAAAUUUAGCUACAUAAUUUAACAAAACAUCAAUUUUGAGAAUAUAAAAUCUAGAUCUAUUUUAUUACUAUUUAGAGUAACAUUUAUAUAAAACUAUUUAUGUUCAAUUAGUGAUCGAGAAAGUUAUUUUAUUAAUUGGUAACAUAGCUUUUAAUUUUUUGAAGUAAUAUUUCGAAUAAAUGUAUCAAUAAUAUUCAUGAUAUGUUUUAUAAUACUAAUAUAUAGUAUUGGAUAUUAUUAGAUAUAUUAUGAGCCGUUUUAUUUAAAAUCCAUUAUUUUAAAAAGGUAUACAGUUUAAAAAAAAUAUGUACCUAUCUAGGUAUUUUAACUUAAUGUAUACAUUUCAUUUAAUUUUCUGACUUAAUUCUUUUUAUUUUCUUCUCAUAUUACUUUCUAAUUAUGGAUUUUUUCCAAAAAUUGGUUACACUAAUACCUGUACCUAUUUAUUAUUUUAAAUAAUAAUAUUUAUUCAUAUGUUUAUUUUUUCAUAACAAGGGUUUAACAUUAAUUUUUAACUUACAAUUUAACGCUUAUUUAUUAACAUAUAUCUCUUAACAACUUCAUUUUUUUCUUAUACUAUCAAUGAGUUAAAACUCAAUAAAUUGGUUUAAUGUUCUCUAAAAAAUGAUAUUUUGAGUAUAGUAAUAAUUAACAUAAAUAAUUAAUUAAUAGUCUUGGUAUUAUAUACCUAACACUAAAUAAUAUUUUGUAAUUAUUACAUAAAGUGGUAUUUUAGAUAGCUAAUGUUUAUAGUAUUUAUACAAUUUGUUUAUACUUGGAACAUUUAUUAUUAUUAAUAUUUAUUGUUAUUUUCUUUUAAAAAUGUCAACAUUUCCCUUAAUUUUAUAUAUCCCUUAUUUUAUAUUUUAUAAAAUUUCAUUAAACAUCACAUUUUUUCUACUUGAGUUUUAAAAAAAACAUGGUACCAAACCCAAUAACAGUCUUAAUUUUUCAAAAACAAUGAAAGUGAGACAAAUUAAUCAUAAUCAAUAACCUUAUUGUUUUUAAUUAACAUUUUGGUAAAAAAACCAAUUCAGAACCAACAUUUUUUUUUUUUUUUGUCCUUGUUGACAAAUGAUAAUGUAGAUAAAAUACAAUCGUUUAGUUAAAAGGAAAGUCAUAAUUGUUUUUUUUAAUUAUAUACUAUUAAAAAAGUUAAUAAUUCAAAAAAAAAGUUUUUUUUUUUUAUCUUUUAUAUUGAGCUGUUUAUUUUGAAUAAUACAAUAAUACAAAAAUCCUUAUGAUACUCCUUUCAAAAUAUUGUUCUCUAUAAAUUUCAUAAUAGUCACUUUUAUUCUAAAAUCAAGCUUCUUAAUCUUACGUGCUCAAUAUUUUUAUUUUGUUCCAAUAAAAUUGAUAAGUUAAAGAAUUUAAUAUUUUAUUUGUUUUUGUUAAUCAGCCUGCUGCCUGCUUUAAGACAACUAAUAAUGAACUGAUCAAGUACAACGGGGCAAUUCAUUAUAAUUCUUUUUUUAUAAUUGGUUUUUACCGAUAUUCUGAAAAUAUAACCACACAGUUUUUAAUUAAUAAAUGUUGAUAUCUAUAAAGAGCCAAUUACUGAUUAAGAACAUAUCAACAAUUAACCAUAAAGGAUAUUACCAGUUCUCAACAAGUUUUGAGUUCCUAAAUAAGAACUAAGUCAAUUGCAAAUAUUUUUGAUGAAGGUUUAAAGCCUUAACAAUUAUAUUCUUAAGUUAUUUAGGUAUUACAUUUUUAUUUAUUCUAUUUACUCAUUUUAAGUAAAAUGAGUUAACUUUAAUUAAAGAUGCAUUUUAAAAAGAAAGGAUUUAUAGAAAAAUUUAAUUUUUAUCUAUAUAAAACAAUAAAUUAUUACUAAUGAAAAAUGAUUCAGAGUAAAAUUUGAUAAAAUUUGUUUUGAAAUGCUGUGAUAUUUACCAUGUUUAUUUACAUUUUAACUUUCAACGUUUAUAAAAAGUUAUAAAUACUUUAUACUCAACUAUUUUUGUUUUACUAUUAAUUAUAAGUUAUAAUAAACCUUGUAUUAAAUUGCCAAGCAAAAAUAAUUUUAUUUAUUAAAAAACUCGAAAAUUUCAAAUUUUUAAAAAUAACUCAAAAAUCACUAGAAGGUUUUGAAAUUAUAACAUAUCUAGAAAUUGCUAGUAUCGGUAUUUUAAAAAUUUUAGUUCUCUAUAAUUUUUUUCAAUCAAAUUAUAACAUUUUUGCAUACAUUUUUCCCAGUUAUUAAGAAAACUAACAAUGUAAAUCAAAACAUAGGCUUUCCAUUAAUCAACUGUACAAAAUGUAUAUAUUAACCAUCUUUAAUAUUGAUGAUCGGAGUAAGAUAGACAAAUUGAUAACAGAUUUAAUGUUUUCACUUUUUUAUUUUAUCGACAGAACAUUUAAACUAUAUGUCUAAAAGUAUAGAUUUUAUAGAGACUUAUAUAUUAAUCUAAAUCUUGGAAAUAUGAACACAUUACUAGCUAAAAUUGGGUUCCUACCCAAUUGAUGAACUCUUUUUCUAAAGCUUAUAGCGGUUCGUUUAGGACAAGCACCACUUUUCUGUCUCUCUAUCCAAUGCCAUUCUCAUCUCUAGCGACUGUUUGAUUUUCUUCAGAUAUCAUUUUACUACAGGUUCAUAUAUUUUUCUCUCAAAAUCUAUGUUUUAUUCGGGUGGUCCAAAAAAAAGUUAUGAAAUUCAAUAUGAGUACCUCCUUCCCGUGCUGAAAUAGGAUUGAAUUAUGGCACAAGGGUAUUGUUUUUCAGUUUUUUUUUUUCAAUUCGAAGUAUUUUUCAUAAUAAUAUUCAAUCUUUAACCAAUUUUUAAAAAAUAAAAUUUGUUUUCAAUAUCUCUUAAUAUUUUUUAUUUUUACUUUUUUUUUUUAUAUAAAAUACGAGUUAAAUAGAAUUUUUAUUAGAUCAUUUUUUUAAGAUAAAAGUAUUUUCUAUGAUAUAAAUUUUAAACUUAUCUAAAAUAAUUCAAAACAAUCUAAAAAAAUAAACUGAAAACACCUUAAUGUCAUAAUUCAAUCUUACUUUUCUGCAUGGGAAGGGGAUGAGUUAUUGAUUUCAUAUUUUCACAAAAUUAUUUUUCAUACCAAUAAAAAAAAUGAGGGAUACUCAUUUUUAAUUUCUCAAGAAAAUGUCAAGCCUCUACAAAUUUGGACCACUCUAAUAUGUAUGUAUAGAUUAGAUGCUCCUUUAUAUGUCUUAUAUUGUUUUUUCGGUUAUGUUGGUUUCCAAAUAUUUGAAGUCUCCUACUUGCUCUCGAAUAAGCUCUUCGAUGCUGAGAUCGAACUUAUUAAUGAAUUUAUGUUUUACUAUAAUAUUUACAUCUUUUAUGUAUCUGAAAUUGACAUUAGGUACUAUUGAUUAAAUAUUGGGAAAUUUAAUAAUCAAUUCAUUUAUUCUAGUUCAUUUUUUUUUAUUUGUAUUUUAUGUGUCUACUAUUCAAAAUGUUUGCAAGUUAUGCUUGAUAUUAAACAUUAAUAUUAUUAUUAUUAUUAUUGAACAUUUGAUACUAAUGAAAAUCUAUUUAAUAACAGUUUAGAAUUAUAUAGAAUCAUUUUUUAAAUAUUUGUAUUUUAUAUUUUUAGCCUGGAAGCAAAUGUUUAUCAAGUAAAAUCAAUAUUUCAAGCAGCUUGUUAUUUGAAAAUGGAUCGUAUUGCAAAAGAAUUAGCUCGUUUUAUGUUAAAACAUUUGAAUGUCGAUAACUGCAUUGAGAUACGUUCUCUUCCAUGCAUAUCAACAAGUAUAUCUUUUAUAAACCAAGUUAACUCUUUUAUAUCAGCACAUGUAAGUAUUACAAUGUUUGAAAGUUAAAUUAAUUAAUAAUAUUAAUAUUAAUUCAUAGAUGAAAGAGAUUGCUGAAACUCCAACUUUUCUGUCAUUACCAUGCAUACGGAUAGAAAUUUUAAGUCAAACAAAACAAGAAAUGUCUUUAAGUACUGGUGAUUCUAUUUCUCAGUUGGUGUUAGAUUGGAUUAAACGAUGUUAUGAUGAGAAUGAACCAACAAUAUUCUUCAACGCUCUUAUGGAAAAAGUAUACUUAUAUAACUAAAUCAAAUAAUAAAUAUAUUUUAAUGAACUUUUUUUUUUUUUUUUUUUUAAGACUUACAUGUUGUAUUUAGCAUUGGAUAACAUAUUACAAGAUUGUUCAGAACUUCCAUCUGGAGAAUUAAGUAACACUGAAAUUGUCCAAGAUUAUAAAAAACUAUCCAAAAAAUCAACAUCAAUACCAAAAGUAGUUCUUUACAAAUAUUUUUACAUUUUCAUAUUACUUAUAACAUAUGUUUGUUUUAGACAAGACGUAAAGGUCAAAUACAGCCUGCUAAAUCUAGAGUUUUAAUAUGUAACCGUGAAAUGCAUGAACGAAGAGAGAGUUUUGUUGAUAGUGAUUGGACAAUACUUGGUGUUACUUGUGUUGGAGGUAUUUAGGUCUUUUUUUAUCAUAUUAUAAAUAAUUUCAGUUAUUUUUUUUGUUUAGAGCAUACUUUUUCUACUUUGGCUUCACUGAAAGGUCACUUGUGUUCAUUAAGCAUAAAAUUAAAAUUAAAUAUUUCUAUGCCAUCAAAUCUACCAUCCACUGAACCAUCACCAUUAAAUAGCCGAGCUGAAUCUCAGGAGUCGUUACCUGAUCUUUAUUGUGCCCUAGCUCUCAUGACAUCUGGGAAAUGUGCUAUUGGCUGUGCAAAUCUUAACAAUAAUUUAUUAGUGUGUGGAGGUUAUGAUCGAACUGAAUGUAUAAAAAAUGUAGAGUCCUAUGAUCCUGAACAAAAUAUUUGGGAAACAUUUGAACCAAUGUGUGAAGCACGUGGGCGAUUUAAUAUAGCUGUACUAAAUAAUAAAGUAUAUGCAGUCGGAGGCUGUAAUGGUACAACAGAAUUAUCAACCGUUGAAUGUUAUGAUAGAAAUAAAAAAAAGUGGAUUCCUGUGACAUCCUUACCACUUGCUAGAUCCAAUACUGGUAAGUAAAUAUUUGUCUUUAUAUUUAUUUUACAUAUUGUGCCUUAAAAUAUGUAUAUUUAAUUUUUAAAGGUGUUUGCGAACUAAAUGGUAAAAUAUAUUGCAUUGGAGGGUGGAAUGGUCAAGUUGGAAUUAAACAAAGUGAUGUUUAUGAUCCAGAUACAAAUAAUUGGACCAGUAUUGCUCCAUUGCAAACAGGUAUUUUUAGUCGUAAACAAUUAUUUAAUAAAUAAAAAUACUAAUGAUCAAAAUUCUACACCAAUUAGGAAGAAACCAAGCUGGUGUUUGUGCAAUGGAUGGUAAAGUAUAUGUUGUGGGUGGCUGUGAUACUUGGAAUUGUCUAAACUCAGCUGAGUGCUAUGAUCCUGAGAAUAACUCAUGGUCUUUUAUUAAACCAAUUAUUACUCCUCGUCGUGGUUGUGGGCUUGCACAUAUAAAUGGUUAAUAGUUUAGUUUUACUCUAGUUACUUCACUACAACUAAAUUGAAAUAAUUUAUGUUAUCACAGGAAAAUUGUAUGUUGUGGGUGGUUCAGAUGGAACUCAGUCGUUAGCUACUACUGAAAUAUAUGAUAUUAAUGAAGGAACAUGGAGUCCAGGUCCAAAUAUGACUACACCUCGUGCAAAUGUAGGAGUUGCUGUCGUUGGGAAUAGAUUAUAUGCUGUAGGAGGAUUUUCUGGUAAAUAUCAAUAAACCAGAAAUCUUAUUUUUUUUUAUAAAAAUAAUGGUUUUUGAUAGGUAAACUUUAUUUAUUUUAUUAUUAUUUAUUUAUUUAUUUUUUUUUUUUUUUUUUAAGGCAAAAAAUUCUUAAAUAGUAUUGAAUUUUUGGAUGAAUCUAUGGAUGAAUGGACCCGCUUUAGUCCGAAAAAUAAUUGUUCAAAGUCAACAUCCCCACUUUUAACAAAUGGUGGAGUUUAUAAUUAUGAAUGUGAUUUUUUAGAAGGUUCUACAAAUGGUAUCAUAUAAUGUUAAAGAAAUAUUAUUCUUAACUAUUAUUUUUUAAUUAUUAAAAUUUUUAUAUUUAAAAAAUUAUUUUCUCUAAGAGUGUACUUUUACAACAUUUUCAACGAAUUCCUUAUCUGACCCUUAUUUGGGAUAUUUUGGCAAUUUAAUUAAUAUAAGUUAAAAGAUAUUGACCAAUAGUAAUAAUAUUACAAAUUAACAAUAUUUUCUAUUAUGGUGGGGGGGGGGGCAAAUAUUUUUUUAAUUUUGUUUUUGCAGACAAGUAUUAUGUGUAUAAGACAUGUCUUAAUGAAAUGUAAUCACAUUUUAAGCAAAAACCUUUUAACCUGUUUAAAUAAUUGGAGAAAUAUAUUUUUUAAAUUCCAUAUAUAAAUUAAUUAAUUCUAUGUGUAAUCAAAUAGUUAAUGCAAUAAUUAGUAUACCUUUUUUUUUUUUCGGUUUUUGACUAAUUUAUAAAUACUUAACCCUUUCAUUAUUUCAUUAUAAUUUUUAAUGACUAGUUAUUAAUGUGGAUCAAUAUUUUAAUUAAAUAUACAAUUUAAUGCUAUAUGAAUUGAUUAAUUAAUGAAAGGGUUAAGAAAGAAUUAAAUCUAUCUGAAAUUUAUUUAGUAAAUUUUAAACACAAAUGAUAAUUGUUUCUAGUUGAUAAAUAUAUACAUUUAGUAUAUUAUGUAUGUGGUACUUAUCCAUGUUUAAACUGUUAAAUAAUAUUGCCUGUUAUGUCUUAGGUAUUUGAGCACUCUGCCAUUUUAGUGUACAAUCUUAUCACUAGCUUUUCCUACCCAGUGUCGGUUUUCUCCUAUAAAGUUCCAUUGUAAUAUUUUCUCUAUGAAAAUAACUGCAUUAAAUAGUUAGUUUAAACCUUGCUUAUGAUUUUUCUUUCAAUAUUUAAUUAGUUACUUAUCAAAUUUAAACUAAAUAUUAGUGUUUACACAUGAUAUUAGUUUUGUACUUGAAGUAUGUAUGUAUAUAUAUAAAACAUUAUUUUAAUUAUCAGUAAAUUUACUGUAAAAACUGAAUUAAACUGAGACAUUGUUUGUGAAAAACAUUUGUUUUAUCAUUAAUGUGGUGCCAAUUGUUAUUUUUAGGAAAAUGACAGUUGAUUCUCAAACAGAGUUAAAUCUUUUAAUUCAAUCUAUUUUGUUUUAAAAAAAAAAUUUUUUAUUCAUAUGAUUGUUUUGCACUGUGUACUUAAUCAUACACUUAUUAUUAAAGUAUUAAAAACUUACUGUAAUUUUAUAAGAAACUUCAUAAAAAAAAAAGAUUGUUUAUUUUAAACAAAUUUUCAUUGUUUGAUCUUGAUGGUUAGGGAAAGGAUUUAUAUGUACUUAAAAUUAACAAAAAAGUGCUUACAAACAUUUCUAACUUAUUAAAAUAUAAUAUCACUAAAGAAACGAUUAUUACAAAGUAAUUUUCUUCAAAUAUAUUUGUAUGUGUUACAUAUAUAUAAAAAGGCUUUGUGUUAAUCAUUUGUCAGUUUUAGACAACUGUAUUUAAUAAGGUUAAACCCCUUUACCAUUUGCUCUUUUGACGAUUAAAUCACUUUUUUUGCGGAUUUCAAGUACUUAUAAUUUCAUUCCCUACUGAUUGUAUUUAAUUCAUUAAUUAUUGUUUAAUAAUUAAUAUAUUAUGACUUAAUUAUGAGCAAUAAUUUUAAUAGAAAGAAAUUAUGUUUACAUUUUAAUAUUUGGAUAUCUUGGAUUAAUAUACAAUUGUGUAAUGUGUUUUUGUUUGGUUCAUAUUUUGUUUAAAUUUUAGUCGACUCAGUGUUGACAGUGUGUUUAGUUUUUUUUUGGUUUUUUUCAAACAAAAAAAGUUGAGUUUUUGUUUUGUUUCUGUGUCGGUUUAGUGUGGACCCGGCAUAACACUCCGAGUCAAGUGCAAUAUAGACUAAAAUAUUUAAAUAAUACAUCAAGUCAGUGGGUUCAUUUGAAGAGAAAAACAUCGGAUAUUAGAAAUGAAAAAAUUCAAGAAUUUUAGAUGUAAAAAUGACCAUAACAUAUAAUCCAAUCGUUUUAUUAUAAACAAAAAUAUUUUAAUAAUACCGGCGAAAAAUAACUAAGUAAAAACUACUGAAAAAUUCGAAUGUGAUCGGCUAUUGAAUAGUUCGAUAGUGUUCAUCACUAGCUGUAACCGAUGAUAAACCAUUGCUAACGAUAAAUUAUUCGGAACCAAGUUCGGCUAUACACGUUUUGAAAGGCCGUAAUAUUUACGAUUACGAAGUCUACGAAUAUUUUCAACUGAAUUAAAAUUAAAAAUAAUAAAAGAAUUAUUUUCUUAAAUUGCCGUAGAAAUUUAAAGCGCCUAAUGAAAUCGUUGCGCCAUAACUUGAAAAGAUCCUAUUUUCGUUUUUUUUUCCUCGAUUUUUAUAAAAAAAUAAGAUAUUAAAAUAUAAUUUCUUUAUCAGUGGCUAAGUAUAUAAGAAGGAACAAAAUGAAUGUCUUAUCAUUUUUCAAUCGAAGUAGAAAACAUCGUUUGCAAAAAUUAAAAUCGACGAAAACCUCGCGGCGAGCCGUAAAUAUGGCAUCAACUAGAUAUAAUCACCUUCCGGAAAACGUACUUUUAUUUAAGAUAAGAUAAUUUAUUGGCCAUAAUACAGUUGAAUAUAUCGCACAUUUACAGUACCUAUUAAUAGAAUAUUAACACAAAAUUCAUUAAUGAAAAAUAUAAAAUAUUAAUAGUUUGGCGUAAUUCACCAUUGAGGUAAAACCUCGUGUUGGUGAAAUUGUAGUAUGCAGUCAAUAUACAUAAAUAGCAGUUAUUUAUAAGUUUUGGGUUUUGAAUAAUACAACGUUCACUUAAAAUAAAAUAAAAUAGAAAAGUAUUUACAAAAUGUAUUUUUUUGAUAUUUUAACUAUUAAAAUAAGUAUAUAUUUAUAAAGUGUUUUAAUGUGUGAAUUAAUUUAAUUUGAUAACAUAGAAAAAACAUAAUAUAAAAAAAAAGAAAGAUUUAAGACUAAUGAAUAAAGCGUAGUUGGUAUUUAUAGAAUUUAUAUUUCCUAUUUUAGAGAAAUGAGUUAAAAGUGUUAGCUUUUAGCGGUGGGUUUGCGUUCGAUUCGUGUUAUUUGUUAUUUAUGUUGGUAUUAUAAUUUUGAGAGAUUUAUUGAGAUUGGGUUGAUAUUUCUUUUAUUGUUUACCAUAAUGAUAUUAUGG